UAUAGAAUCAUAAUUAAUGGUCGGCAAAAUUGCGGCACGCCGACGUGUUUACAUUUCAUAUUUUUCGUUGUAAUCGUAUAAAAAUCCAUCGCAAUGGCUGCGACUAUGCCUAUAAAUCCAAAACCAUUUUUAAAUGGAUUGACUGGAAAACCUGUAAUGGUAAAACUCAAAUGGGGACACGAAUAUAAAGGUUACUUAGUAUCGGUCGAUGGAUACAUGAAUUUGCAACUUGCGAAUACUGAGGAAUUUGUGGACGGAAGUUGCACUGGUAAUCUCGGGGAAGUUUUAAUAAGAUGUAACAAUGUGAUGUACAUAAGAGGAGUAGAGGAAGAAGACGAAGAAGGAGAGAUGAAGGAUUAGCGAAUUUAACAAAUAAUUUAACAUGCUUUCAAACGCUUGCUAAAAUAAAUUAAGGAGUAUCAUAUGUAAUAAACUUUGAAGUAAGUUAUAUAUGUAUAAGUUACAUUACUUGAAACAUACCAUUGACGACAAAACUCAAUAGAAGUAAUUCUUAAAAAAGAACCGAGAGCUGUAAAAAUCAGUUUAUUAAAGAAUUUUCUAUAAAA